AUGUUUAGAUCUUCAAUAAUGAAUAAAAAAAGAUUAAUUUUAUUUAUUUUAUUAGAAUUAAUUAAUAAAAUAAUUUGUUUAUCAUCAAAUUCUUAUUAUUUAAUUGAUAUUGAUAAAAAUUUGUCAUUAAAUAAUAGUUAUUGUUCAAAUAAAUUAAUUAAUAAAAAUUUAUAUAGAAUUCCAAAUCAAUGUCAUAAACAUCUUUUAUGUAAUCGAUAUCAUUGUGAUGAUAAAUCAUUUCGUUGUAUUAAAAUUCGUGAAACAUUAUGUUGUUUAUAUAAAUAUAUAGAAAAAUAUUGUCAAAAAGAAUAUUUAAAAGAUCAAUUUCGUUUAAUUUAUUUUCAUAUAUCAAUUCAACAUGGUUAUUGUGAAAUAAAUUUAGAACGAAUUGAACAAAAUGAUCAAACAUAUUGUAUUUCAAAUUAUAUUGAAACAAAAAAAACAACAAUUUCUCAAUCUUAUUUAUCUUUAAAAUAUUUUCAUCAUCAUUUAACUACAAAAUUAUCAAAUAUAAAUUAUUUACGAUAUGAUACAACAACUAUUUCAUCAAAAUCUUCAUUUAUUUAUACAAAUUUUAUCAUUGUAUUAUUAUCAAUAUUAUUAUAG